CUUUUGGUUGAAAAAUACAAACAACAAUUUGGUAAAGCAAUGAAACCCUUUGUGCAACGUUUAUCAAUCAUCAUUUUCGUUCCUCUCAUUCUCUCCAUCUUGUUUCUCAUUCUCAUGCCAAAGGAAACUUCCAUGGCGACCUAUGAAGUAUUUGGAGUCAAGAUAGAGAAGAAUCCAUCCCAAUCCAAACUCAUUGAGCUUGGUGUUUCAACUUGGCCUAAGUGGGAAGGUGGUCCAUUAAAAAUUCCAUGGUCAUUUGAAGAAGAAGAAACAAUGUAUAUACUUGAAGGAAAAGUGAAUGUUACUGUUGAAGAGUCAAUUGGAUCUUUUGAAAUUGGAGGUGGUAAUUUAGUUGUUUUCCCUAAAGGAAUGAACAUUACAUGGGAUGUAACUGAACCUGUCAAGAAGCACUAUAGUUUGAAAAAAGAAUGAAGCCUUAUAACUCUUAUGGCUUAAUUAGUAAUUCUGCUAUGUAGAAUUUCAUGAAGUGAUUAUCACACACUAUGGCUAUAUAAUUGAUGUAGGGAUGCUCCUUUAAGCUUUCAUUUCCAUUAGAUUAUGGAUAUAUUAUGCUAGUAUUUCAUUUGAAUUA